AUGAUGUCUCCAUAUGCCAACCUCACAAUCCCCGGCGUUAACACGACUGAUCCGAACUUCGAUCCGGGUGACUACUGCACUCUCGAUCUCUGCCCCCUCGAUUUUGCCAAUUUCACCUAUGUCCCUACACUGGCUGGAAACCUGACCUACCUGGCAAUCUUCGGCGUGCUGCUCAUUGCUCAAUGCAUUCUUGCUCUGCGCUACAAGACCUGGGGCUUCUUGGUCGGCAUGUUCGGUGGUCUCCUUCUGGAGAUUUUGGGAUACGUGGGACGCGUCCAGCUCCAUUUCAACCCCUUCCCCUUUGACCCGUUCCUCAUGCAACUGAUCUGCCUCACCAUCGGCCCGGCCUUCCUCAGUGCCGCCAUCUACAUCUGCCUGGGCCGCCUGAUCGUCGCCCACUCGCCCGCCAUCUCGCGCGUCAAGCCGAAGACCUACACUAUAAUCUUCGUGUGCUGCGAUCUGCUCUCCCUGAUCCUGCAAGCCGCGGGCGGCGCCAUCACCGCCACCGCGGACCGCGACCAGCCGGACCUCAACCAAGCCGGCAUCAACAUCAUGAUCGCCGGUCUGGCCUCGCAGGUGGCGUCGCUGGCCGUCUUCAUGGCGCUGUGCAUCGAGUACGGGCUGCGCGUGCGCAAGAACAGCGACAUGCUGGACCCAGCUUUCGCGGGGCUGCGCAAGAGCUUCAUGUUCCGGGCGUUCAUGUUCUCCAUCGCCAUCGCGACCAUCACCAUCUUCAUCCGCUGCGUCUACCGCGUGGCGGAGCUGAACGAGGGCUUCAACGGCCACCUUGCCAACGACGAGGUGCUGUUCAUGAUCCUCGAGGGCCCCAUGAUCAUCAUCGCCUGCAUCGUGUUGACCGUCUGCCAUUCGGGCAUCGCCUUUGCCGGCCGCUGGGCAGAGGCUCAGCCGGGAAAGAAGACUUCUACCGAGGACGAGUACGAGAGGGCCAAGGUCGGCAGCAACUCGAGCAUCGAGCUGACUGGCCCUUGA